ACCACUGCUAUCCGCACACAUUCAUUUUUACAUUGUCUUGGCUCUAUAGCCGUCCUCUCAUUCAACAUGCGCUUCCUCACUGCUGCUGCGCUUCUUUCCGUUCCUUUCCUUACUAACGCCGCACCCGUCGAAGAUGUCAAGGGUUCCAAGGGUUGGCAGAUGGGCGUGUUCUACACCAACUGGGCAAUGUAUGGCCGUCAGCACUUCGUCACAGACCUUCCUGCGGAGAAGCUUACAAAGAUCACCUAUGCAUUCGCCAAUGUGAACAGCACUACUGGUGAAGUCUUCCUCUCUGACGAGUGGGCCGAUAUCCAGUUCCACUACCCCGGAGACGCUUUCACAAAUGGCACACAGCUGUUUGGUAACCUCAACCAGCUGUACAAGCUCAAGCAGCAGCACCGUAACCUGAAGACCAGUCUCUCGGUCGGUGGCUGGAGCUACAGGGAGAACUUCAAGACCGCACUGGCUACCAGUGCUGGGCGCGCCCGCUUCGCGGAGACUGCGCUGACGCUCGUUACCGAUCUUGGCCUCGAUGGCUUCGAUAUUGAUUGGGAGUAUCCCGAGGACGCCACCGAUGCUGCGAACCUUGUCGAGACUGUUCAAUUGUGCCGCACCGUGUUCGACGAGUACGCUGCUAAGUACGCCAACGGUUACCACUUCAACCUCGAAAUCUCUGCUCCUGCUGGACCCCUUCGCUACACCGUUCUUCCCAUCGCAGCUCUGGACAGUUAUAUCGACGGGUGGAACUUGAUGGCCUUUGAUUACGCUGGACCCGGUUUCUCUAACUUCACCGGCCACAACAGCAACGUCUACCCCUCCAAGUCCACUCCCGCGGCCACGGAUUUCAACACUGCUCAAGCCAUCGACUACUACAAGUCCAAGAUCUCUGACCCUCGCAAGAUUAUCCUCGGUAUGCCGCUCUAUGGUCGCUCGUUCGCCAACACCAACGGCCUCGGCCAAGCCUUCAACGGCUCAGGCACAGGCGACUGGGAAGCUGGUGUCCUCGACUACAAGAACAUCCCGCUCGACAACACCGUCAGGACCGACAAGAAGGUCAUGGCAUCGUGGUCGUACGACAACAAGACCAGGCAGCUUGUCAGCUUCGACACACCCGAGGUGCAGGUCAUGAAGACCAAGUACCUGAAGAAGGAGAAGCUCGGCGGUGCGUGGUGGUGGGACUCCAGCUCCGACCGCACCGAUGAGAGCAGCUUGGUUGGAACCGUGAGCAAGGCUCUUGGUGGCCCGAAGGCGCUGACCCAAGACCUGAACAACUUGUACUAUCCUUUGAGCAAGUACGAUAACGUUCGUGGCACCGCGUCGAACGCUACUCUCGCUCGCCUCCGUUAAGCAGAGAUCCCGCGGCGGAAGAAGCCUGCUUUCCUACCCUACUUUCCUUUUCUAACAGAGGUGUUGGCGGCAUAUUCUAUAACAUGGUAUUAGCGGACUCUCUUAACCCGUCCAUGGAUGUUUACGUAGAUAGAGACUAGGUUACACAACCGCAAUCACAAAAUGCUCUAUGAUACAAGUCAAACCUUGGCGAAAGUCAAUGCUAUGUAAUGAUACGCUGUUUUUUGUACUGUGAUCAACUCGGCAUUCAUGUUGAAUGCUGCCUGAUUACUCACAAAUCAACGCCUAACACUUGAUGGCGCUUGAUAUAAUCAGCUCGAAUAGAUAUCUUCAGAGUAGACGCAUGUAUGUUUCGUAGGAAAGCAAUCACACAC